GUUCCCCCCUCUGUGAAAGUGAACGUUCCCCCCAAUGCUUAUUCUUCUCGAAAAUGACUUUCAUCCAAGCUUUGGAAGCUUCAUUACGAGUUGAUUUUCGACGGUCGUUUAGCUCAGUGCGUAUUAAUUAUUCGGGGGGUUUUAGCCAACUCAAGCAAAUAGAAUGAAAAUCUACUUAGCUCUCACGCUUCUAACAAGUUUUUACUUUAUUACCACUAACAGUUUUCCCCAAACUGACGUCACAGGAUCGGUCCCAGGUUACACUCAACUGAAGCAGGAUCAAAUCAGAUAUCUACAAAAUAAGGGAUUUGGGUCUACACAAAAAACUUUUAGACCUACCACGGCUGCAUAUGAAGAAGAAGAAUACGAAGACGAAUUAGAUAAUGCACCAGAGGGCACCCAAGACAGACAACCAACGUACGCCUAUGCCACGUCACCCCCUAAGACCUCCUAUUAUGCUGCUAUCACCCCAAAAGGCUACGUUAGGCCUGAUUCAAGGCAAGGACAGCAACAACAACAACAACAACAGUACAGAAGAGCAGGAGAAAAAAUUGCUCAACCAAAUAACAAGCUAGAGGAAGAAGAGGAAGAAGAAAAAGAGGAGGAGCCAGAUAGAUUGACUCUUCUACUACCCCAGUCCAAAUUCCAAUGUACUGGUAAGAAAACUGGAUACUAUGCUGAUGAAGAUUUGGGCUGUGAGAUCUUUCAUUAUUGUCAUGACAAUGCUAGACAUUCCUGGAUAUGUCCCGAAGGUUUUACUUUCCAUCAAAUUCAGCUCAUCUGUAUGCCUCCUAGCGGUGACAACAUAUGUGAAAAGUCCUCUGAUUAUCACUUUGUAAAUGAUUACUUAUAUAAGCCAUUAAAUUUGGAAGAAUAUCAGCAAAGGCCAAAUACCAGUUUAAGAUACUCAGACAGGUAUUUUCCUGAUUCAUAUAGAUCUAGAUACGACGAAGAAGAGGAAGAAACAAGGCCUAUCCAACAUCAGAAUUCUGUUCGCGUGACAAAUCCUCCAAGAUAUCAACCAGUUCCAUCAACGACGUUUCGUCCCCAAUCUCAACUAGGACAAGUCUUCAGAUCCCCUGAAGAGAUCAACAUUAGUUUACAGCAAAGAAGGCCGCAAUAUUCGACAGCAAAAUAUAUCGAUGUAUAUCAAAAAAAAUAAAUUAGAAUAAUUCCAGUAAAAAUGGAUAUUUGAGUCAAAAAAAUCAUUUUAAAUGUGAUACAUCUUCACCUAUGUACUCAUUUCAAUAAGCUAACUGCAGCCAUUUUUAGGUGUAUAUCUUUAAUGUCUAGUAUAAUAUGCUCUAUUCACUCUCUUUUAAUUCUUAAAACACAAAAUAUUUAGUAAAUCAAAUAUCUUUUUUUUGGAAUGUGUAUAUAACUUAUUUACUUUAUUCAAUUUAUUGUAAUGUAACUAUUUAAUUAUUUUUAGGUUAUGUUAUUUUUUUAAUAAAAUUGUUUAAAAAAUUAA